GAGAUCAUGACCUGAGCUGAAAUUAGGAGUUGGAUGCUUAACCAGCUGAGCCACCCAGGCGCCCCUCUAUGGAGCUUCUUUAAAAGGUAUAAAUCAUACUUAUGAGAAUUCCAUUGUCAUGAACUAAGCACCUCCCAAAGGCCCCACGUUCUAAUAUCAUGUUUGGGGGUUAGGAUUUCAACAUUUGACCACAGCACUUUGUCUCACCAAUAAGAAAAUAAAUAUUUACAGUAGAUGCUGUUUCCUUCAAUUUUCCUAUCUCUCCAUGUUUUCUCAUUAGUAUAUUUAGAAUUUCAGAUACAUUGGGAGGGCAAGAAAUGCUUGUUGAAUUGGAUUGUCUUGUUUGAAUAACAACAAUAAUAAAUUUAUUGCUAAAACAAUAAUUAAUAAAAUAUAAUAAAAUAACAAUAAUAGAUAAAUAAGAAAGAACACUGGGACAUAUUUUGUUUUGGGGAGUGGACUGCGGUAGUCAUAGAGAGCUCCUCUUCAAGAGAACCAGCUGUGUGGAGAAUUGUUGACUAAUAGUCUAUAGCUGAUACUCCUUUGGAUUCACCAUCAUGUUCAGGCAGAGUCCACGCUCACUCUGAGAUGUCCCCAGCCGAUGGCUGAGCAUGAUGGGUCAGACAGGAGCUGGCCAAUAUCUGCAUAACAUGGCGUCUUCUGAUAGGCAGUCUUUGCUUAGGGACUUCCUGUCGUCCUAACAGAGAAUUUUUAGAACUGCACUGCAGGCUGACAUUUUCCUACCCUGUCCUUCCUUCUCUUCCUUCUUUCUUAGGUGUCGAGGUUUCAACCCAGUCUGAAAGCCUUUAUCAUUGAUUCCUUCUCCUUCCCAUUUUAUCCUUCUCAGGCAUUUACCGCAAUAAAUGUCUUGCAGGUCUAACUAUUCCUUGGCAUCUGCUUCUUGGGGAACUUUAGAUGACACAGAAGAUUUACACUAACUGAUUUUACCACUUAGAUUUAGGCUCUGGUAAUGAGGACAGAUUGGUUUUGUUAUAAAGAUAGAUAAAUAAGUCAUGGUACAGCAUAGAAGCUUCAGAGAGAAAUCCUUACUUAUACAGUCAAUUGAUUUUUGACCAAGCAGCAAAGUAAAUCUAUAGGGAUAGGAAAAUCUUUUAAGCAAAUUGAUGCUGGAAAUACUAUUCAUGAGAAAACAAUUAAAUGACCUCUACCUCACACCAUAUACAACAAUUAAUUUUAAAUAUAUCAAACCGCACACAUAAAGCUUAAAAAUAAAUCUUCUGGAAGAAAAUAUAGAAAAGUAUGCUGGUGUAGGCACAGAUUUCUUAGACAUACUCUAGAAAGUACUACAUUCAAAAGAAAAAAAAAGACAAAAUAAACUUCAUUAAAAUUAGAACAUCUGUUUAUCAGAAAACUAUUCAUAGGCAAACCACAGACUUGGCAAAUGUUUACAAUACGUAUACCUGACAAAGGUAUUGUAACCAUAAUAUGUAACAAGUUAAAAAUUAAGAGAUACCUCAAUAACAAAAAGGCCAUUUCAUAAAUGGGCAGAUGAUUUGAAAGAUACAUCCCAAAGAAAGGCAUGCAAAUGGCCAAUAAGCACAUGGAAAUGUACUUAACUUUCCGUACCUCCUUAGACGCACAGUCAGUAGCUGGACAACACUCCCUUGGCAACUGUAUUGCCCUCCCUUGCUUCAGUGCAUGGGCUGUGUGUAUCCUGAGCAGCUUAAGCACUUGUCGGGUUUCCAUUCAUCCAAGCACCGAUCCCAUAGAGCUGCUCCUCUGAGAUUCCAGAAUCUGGUUAUUCUUCCUUUUCUAUGUGUUCCACCAGUUGUGAAAAUGGUUAUUUUCUAUAGUUUACUAGUCUUUAUACUUUUUUGUAGUUUAACAUUUUCUGUAGUUUAACAGUCUUUAUAUUUUUCAAUUUUUUUUCUCUUUCCCCCUUGCAAUAUCUGUAUAAACCAAUUCUUUGUUUUAAAUAUACUCUAUAGGAAGCACAUAUUAUGCCAUUUGUUUUUCUGACUGGACCUUGUCUGAUACGGGUAACUCAUUUUAUGUGAUUUUGAUGGAUUGAUUUGCUCACGUUAGGAGACAUUGUCUUGUCCAAUCAGCACAUGCCGAAUCUCAAUGGCAGUGAUUAGUCAGAAAUAGGCAUUUGACUUGUCUUUUCUGCCAUAACUAUUAAAAAAACAUUUUUCUUUUCUCCCUAGAGUUACUGAGUUGGUAAGAUUAAAUCUAGGGAUUUUGAUGGUUCUCUUUUCACUACAUGGGGAGAACCCAUCUGAGAUUAAAACUGAGUAGAAUUAAAUAGAACAAAAAGUGGGAGGAGAGACAUACCCAUGAAGGACUUGGUCCUGUACAGCCACACAAGAAGCCAUGUGCGUUCUCAAUUCACCAAUUUCACACAUUUCUGUGUUACAGGCUGGCUUAUCGAGAUAAAUUUGACUUGAAUUUCUGUCCCUUAAUUUGAAGGAGUCUUUGUGUACGCUUUAGAAAAUUGUGUAUAUCACCUCUACCACACAAUUAUGUAGUGGUAAAAUAAAUCAAUUUUGGAUUCAUAGCCAUUUAAAUAUGAAUCUUUCUCUGGCAGUUGCUGUUUUGACCUUGCAACAGCAAUUAAUCCCUCCUGCCUGAUUUAGAGGGUGGGUGUAAGGUGACAUGAGGGAAGGUGGAUACAGAAUCUAGCACUGUGACUGGCUAACAAUAACUAAUAGUGCUACAAAUCUCAGUUUCCUUGGUUAUCUCUCUAAUAUACUGAGAAAUCAUAGGGUCAAGGCCUAUACCUCAUUCUGUUCGUGUUCACUCUGUCUUGUAGUCUAAAUGCUCAAAAAAUUGUUCAUUAAAUGAAAUGAGCCAGUAAAAUCUCUAAAAUAAAGAGAAAGUCUAUUUAUGGAGUUUUAGCCCUCAUGUAGCAUCUACUUUGGUUGGAAUAUAACUGAUCAAGACCUGGAACACUAAACUCCAGGCUCCAGGUUCCUGUGGACUUAGUGUGAUCCUAGAAGUGCAGUGGAGGACUCGGGUUAAAGACAGACGACAACGUAAGCAACUUGUCUCUAUUUCUUCUUGAAAUUCACUGAUGUGACAGAAUGGAUUAAAAUGGCAUUAACUCAGAUAAUUUAUGAUUAUAGCCAUAUGUCGGUAGGAAUUAGGAAUAGAGAGCAAUAAGAGAAUGUGCACGAAUGUGCAGUGAUGAAAGGGGUGCAGUGAUGAAAGGAUGUACGAGUCCAGGUUGGAAAACUGUUAGAGUAAUCUGAAUUUGAGAUAACGAGAGAAUGGAGAAGCUAUGUAAGAGGGAAGGCCAAACCUUUCAAGGAGUUGGAUUCUCUGGGACUUGGAGACUGGAUGAAGAUGGCAAGUGAGAGGAAAUUGCUUCAGUUUAGUUUGUAGACUAGUUGCCUUGGAUGAUGGUGAAAAUGAUGAUCUGGAGGAGGAGCAAUGGAAAUCGUAAGAAAAUGUAACUUCAGUUUUGGGAACUUUGUGCUUGUGGCACAUAAUGGACAUAAGAUAGAGCUUUCUGAGAGGUACUUAAGGAAGAAGCACAUAUAUAUGUAGAUAUAGAUCUACAUAUGGAUCCACAUUUCUCAAAAUGAGUGAUUUUGCCCCCCACCCCCACCCCCAGGGGCCUGUGCCAAUGUCUGGAGAACAUUUUGCUGGUCACAACUGGUGCUGGGGAUACUACUGGCAUCUAAUGGGUAGAGGCCAGGGAUGCUUUCAACUUACGAUAUGUAGGAUGGUCUCACGAUAAAGAAUUAUCUUGUUCAAAAUGUUAAUGGUGCCAAGGUUGAAAAACUUUGAUAUAAUUAAUGUGGAUUGGGAACAGGGGAGGGGUACCAACACUUAUCAGGCCCCUUUUAUGUGUCAGGCAUGUUUCUGAUACUUUAUAUGAUUUAACCCAUUUAAUCCUCACAGCAAUCCCUAUGAGAUUGCUCUUUACCAAACUCAUUUAUAGAUAUACAUAGGUAUAAGUAAAAAUAAAAGUAUACAUACAAGGGCCGGAAAAGUUAUCACUGCCUUCAGUCUCAUAAUUAAGGACUUUAAAGCCCAGACUUAAACUCAGUCUCACUUGAGGGCCCACUCCCACUCUCUCAACCACUUUGCUAGAAUAUCCCUUUACAGGAGUGAGAUCCACAAACAUGGACAGGGCUAAAGCUAUGAUUUAAUGUUUUGCUUAUGCGAUCCCAGAGGCUUUAGGAAAAUGCUAGAAAUGGCAAGUGACCAUGCCCAGAUUUUCCUCUUAGAACUGUGCAAAGACUCCAGGGGAUGAUGAAGAAAUGAGGCACUUCCUUACUCUGAAUUGGGGGUUAAGAAUGUCUAUUGUGAAAUUAUAAACUGAGCAGAACAUGGAGUCUUAAGGGAUCCAACAUUAGGUCUAUGACACAGGAUAUAAACAUAGGCUCAAUAAUGUCUAUCCUCAGUGGACUCAUUUAAAUUGGAAGGAAAUAAUGAGGGAGAGAAUAAAUCUUCUGUGAUUCUAAUCAAUUUCCCCAGAACUACAGGUCAUGGAAUAGAUUCCCAUUUGAGUCGAUUGUUUUGGAGCUCAAAUAAGGUUGUUUUCCUUCUUGCAAGUGAAGAGAACUUCUGGACAAAUUCUCAAAUAGAGAGCAUGGCCUGUUCUCCAGAAUGCCUCUUUUAGCCUGUCAAAGAUCUAGGGUGUACUGAUGGAUAUUGCCUUUUUCCUUGUCAGAAACUUUGACCCCUCAGGACUGUAGAGUAGAAGUGGCCAUAAGGUCCAGCAGCAGUGAGGCCUCUAGGAAAGCGAAGGUGAGGGCUGAAUUACAUUUGUCUGGAUAAUUUUCUUUCAGACUCCAGACUGCACAAGUCAAGGGUUGUGGGGAACAACACCAAUUUAUUAAUUUAUUGCUCUUGUCAGCCUUAAUCCUGAAUGGAAACUGGGGAUAAGGGAGGAAAUGAUGUGCAGAGACAUUGGGGGUCUACCAGCAUUCUUUCUGCACAAAUAGCAUGUAUAGAAUUAGAAGAGAAAAUGAGGAGUCAUUCAGAAUAAUCAUAGGAAGUCUUUCUCCUUGGAUUCCUUGCAUGUGUCUUUAUAUAACCUUGAGCUUGUAAGCCAGCAGAUGCAUCUCUACCUCUGGAGACAAAGAGUGAGGGUCCAUUGUUAAUGUCAGCUUCUACCUCUGUUCCUGCAGAUCAUACCUGUGAAGCAAAUGGCUGUGGAAAAUGACUCCUCUGUGACUGACUUUAUCCUUAUGGGAUUAACAGACCAACCUGAACUCCAACUACCUCUGUUUUUUCUGUUUUUGGUGAACUAUGUGGUCACUGUGGUGGGCAAUUUGAGCUUAAUUAAUUUAAUUUGCCUGAAUUCACACCUUCACACCCCCAUGUAUUUUUUCCUCUUCAAUCUGUCCCUGAUUGAUCUUUGUUAUUCAUUUGUCUCUACCCCAAAAAUGCUGAUGAGCUUUAUUUCAGACAAGAACAUCAUCUCCUUAAUGGGAUGCAUGACUCAGUUAUUUUUCUUCUGCUUUUUUGUCAACUCUGAGUGCUAUGUGUUGACAGCCAUGGCCUAUGAUCGCUAUGUGGCCAUCUGUAAACCUCUGCUAUACACCAUUACCAUGUCCCCUCAAGUCUGUUCUCUGCUGAUGUCUGGUUCAUAUGUGAUGGGUUUUGCUGGUGCCAUGGUCCACACAGGGUGCAUGAUCAGGCUGAUCUUUUGUGACUCCAGUGCCAUUGACCAUUACAUGUGUGACAUUUUUCCCCUCCUGCAGCUCUCCUGCAGCAGUACCUAUGCCAGUGAGCUGGUUAUCUCUGUUAUUGUGGGCUCAGUUGUCAUUGCAUCUAGCCUCAUUAUCUUUAUUUCUUAUUUUUUGAUUCUUUUCAAUAUCCUUCACAUCUCAUCAGCUCAGGGUUGGCCCAAAGCCUUCAGCACCUGUGGCUCCCACAUAGUAACUGUUGGCCUGUUCUAUGGAUUUGGGUUGCUCACUCAUGUCAAGCCAUCAUCUUCUGGGUCUGUGAGCCAAGGGAAAUUUUUCUCAGUGUUUUACACCAAUGUGGUACCCAUGCUCAACCCUUUCAUUUAUAGCCUCAGGAAUAAAGAUAUCAAACUUGCUCUGAAGAAAACCCUGAAGAGAAUUACAAACUGAGUAGAACCAUCUAUGUCUCCUUUACUAUGUCUUUUUGUCUGCUCUCUGGUCUUCUUCAUCCUCUUCUUAUUUUUUUCCUUCCUCUUACUUUUAUAAAGUCUUCUGGGCAGGAUUUCUACCUUAGUUUCCUUUUUUUCCCCUCUUGUCACUUAAUGUAACCAUUUGGGCCUAUUCCUGGACUUGAGGGCCAUCCUCAGUUCUAAGGUGACCCCAAACUGAUCUUUAUUCACCAUAUCAGUAGGAGACACAAGGCUAACCUUUCCUAUUUAAGGAUAACUCUACCUAUUAGUUUUUCUCUUGUCUUUCCCAUCCAGGGUAAGCCAUCAGGUAGUAUGCUAUCUUACGAGUUCAUUUCUUUUUUUUUUUUUUUUUUUGCUUUCUCUGAAACAGUUACACAGAGAACUUCCCUGUUUCAAGGGUUUUAUUACCUAUAAUUGCAUUAAAACAGAGAAGGCAUGAGAAAAAUUGUGGACACAAUACAUUUGUAAAAAUUUCCAGAAAUUUUUAGGAUUCUUUUAGUAAUCGUUCUUGUUCUGGAUUUUUAUUAUCAUGUAUGUAAUGGAAUUGAAUACCUUGUUGAAUCUAGCUUCAUUCUUUUAUUCUUGAAGAUGCUUGGAAAUGAAUGAGCUACACUACUCUGCUCACAUUUUCCAAUCCCCACUAAUAAUGAAUGCCUCUGUUUGUGCAGUGGUCAACUGAUAUUUUGUCAUAAAUAGAAUUGAAAUUACCAUCAACUUGUCUGUGUAUGCAUGGAUUGUGAUUGUGAUUAAAAAUCACAGAAUAAUAUUCUUGGCUACAGAAUAGGGUGUCAUGUGCAAUGUCAAGAUUCUUUGCCUAGCUCUGUAACAGGGAUUCCCUUUUGCAAAGGAAGAUUUGUUUCCUGCUUUCAAAAGACAAAAAUAUAUGGCAGAAACCUUGCCCUAUUGGGAUUUAUUUUUUCAAUAUGUAAAUUUGACUCCUCCCUUUGGUCUCUUAAAAGAAAAAUUAAAUCUAUGGUCCAUAUGUGUGCCACAUUCUUUAUAAGUUAUAUUAAAAGAUAAGCCUAUCUAUCCUGUUCUUGGAUGAGGAAAUAGUUAUGUGACUUGCAGGUAUACUUAAUGGUGCAGAGCCCAGUGUUUUAGUCCACUGUGCAUCUCACAAAGAAAUGGAAGGGAAGAAAGGAGAAUUGUGAAGGAAUAAGAGAACUUCUGGAAUGUUGUUCCAGAAUGAGUUUGAAAGUGGGAAUUUUCAUGGAAAUAAUGUCCUCAGCCAUGAUGCCUGUCCAAAAGCAAUUGUCUAUAGAGCUUUGAUGCCCAGCUAGAAAAAUGCAUCUGUCUCUGGAGAAGUUUGAUUUUAAAGUGAGGUUACAGGGUGAGUUACAAAGAUAUAUUUUGUCACAAUCUUUUUAUGUCUGUGAUCAUUUCUUGGGAUACUGAGGCUGAGGAGUUUGGGGGUAAGCCUCCCUGGUGAGGCAUGCUACAAUUUUCAGAGUAUUAUGUAUAGUUUAACAAGCCUGUUAGAUAUUAUGCUAUCUGCUGGAAACAAGCAACAAGAAAGAGUUCUUUAUAAUAAAUACAAUGGAAAAUAGGACUCUACAAAAUUUUCCUAUUUUGUGUGUAACUUUGUGUGUGUCUACCAUCCAUAACUACGUUCAAUGAUUUUAGGGUCAGAUAUCUCUCAAGGGAUAUAUCCUAGGCAGGGGAUAUAUUAGAUUAUCUCUGUCAUUUUUAUGUUUAUACAAAGAUAUCAUGAGUUUUGAGAAGUUCUAAAACAUUAGUUUGUAAGAAUAGCCUUAUGAAAUAACUAAUGCUUUUAAGAACUUUGCUUAAACCAGAUUAAAAUUAUUGUUACAAGAUUUGGCUCAGUCAGUUAAGGGCCCAACUCCUGAUUUUGGCUCAGGUCAUGAUCUUGUAGUUUGUGAGAUCAAGCCCUGCCUCUGGCUCUGUGCU